AUGCCAGGAGGAACAAGGCGACGCCCGGAGGGCAACCAUUGCAGGAAUGUGCAGAUACGUGCGAGUGAAUAUUGCUUCUACAGGGUGCGCUUGGAGAAGAAGUGGAGAAGGCCUUGUCAUUAUACUGAUCUUUCUUGGGUCGAGUUUUCUCCGUCGAAUUAUUCAGUGCUAAAUGUGACUGCUUAUCACAAGAUUAUAAGGCAGAAGUCAGACUGUUACCGUAAUCGAAGGAAGGUGUAG